AAAUUUACUUUCUUGCAGAUUUACAUAUGUACAUGAACAUGAACUGAAUGUGUAUAAAGAUAUAGGUUUUUACCAAAAUUUUUAAAUAACAUAUUAUGGCUGUCAUGUAUAACUGUGUAGUUUCUGUAGGCGUCACCUUAAUACUGUUUCAUCUGGUAGCUCUUAUACAUGCAGAUUGCCAGAUAGAUCCUUUUGACGGUAAAGCACCAUUAGUUCUCACAGCAAAAAAUGCAUCAAUAGUAUAUCCAAACUCUGGAGAAACAACAUUAGACUUCCGCAACGAAGAGAUUGUUAUCUUUGCUUGCCCUGGAAGCAAUAUUUUCCUCGAUGGAUUAAUGCAUCAAACCACAGUAGAGGGCAAGUGUUUGCCAAAUUCGCAGUUUGAAGUUUUUGGAGAGCUAUAUUCCUGGACCGAUAUAACCUGUAGCUCCAAUCCUAGAGCUACGGUAAAGAAGACAAAUUCUCACUGCCCUAGAGAUGCAACAAUAGUUAAAAUAGGUUAUGAUUUAGGAAAUAGCCACCUUGUAUCUAUUAUGGAAAUUUGCUUUAACACAUCAUCUCAAAUAGCACUUUGUUUAUCACUUUAUUCUCGUUAUGACCUAAUUGCCUCCAUAAAGUCAAACGAUGAAACCAUUGGCAGAGCAACAUUUUUUGAAGAUAAAGACCUGUAUAAUAUAAAAGGUCGCGUUAACACAUACUAUAAAAAAAGUCGUCAAAGGACUACUAUAAACAAUUUGCUAGGAUUACCACCUACAUCAUCAAAAUACAUAAGUAGUGGGGAUUUAUUUUUAUCCAGAGGACAUCUAGCGGCCAAAACUGAUUUUCUUUAUGGAUUUCAACAAAAUGCUACUUUUAGAUAUAUAAAUGUAGCACCACAAUGGCAAAGUUUCAAUGGUGGAAACUGGUACCGAGUUGAAAGGAGUUGCAGAAACUAUGCAGAUAGAAGGAAAACCAACUUACAAAUCUGGACAGGCACUUACGGUGUAGCCACAUUGCCGCAUGGGGUCACCCGAAAACCAACAGAAUUAUAUUUGUAUGUUAAUGGAAGGACAAAGGCAUUACCCGUUCCAGCACUUUACUGGAAAAUAGUUUAUAACCCAUCCAACAAUAGAUGUGUGGUACUUAUUGGAUUAAAUAAUCCAUUUGAAACUAAUGUUUCAAGACAUAUAAUUUGUAGGGACAUAUCUAAUAGCGUAAACUGGUUAAAUUGGCAAGAAAAUAAUCAGAAAAAGGGAUAUUCGUAUGCCUGUACGUGUAAUGAUUUUAAAAGUAAAGUUGCCUAUGCACCUUCUCUAAAGGUGUCUGGAAUAUUAUACUGAUAGGGGUUAUAUUAGGGCGAUUUUCUAGACAGAAAUCAAGUAGGGUUCAAAUAAAAUAUAGGUACAGUGCUAGACAAAAUUCCCCCCUCGUAUAUUUUGAACGGUUACUUAUAUAUAAUUUAUAAUAGUGAAAUUUGGAGGGAGAAAUAAACGGAUGUGGGCUAAAAUAUAUAUACAUAUAUUUGGCCAGCUCCGAAAAAUAGCGUAACGUGGAGCAGUUCGGGUCGGUGGUCUAUUUAUCCCUCUCUACCGGCGCUUAACUUUCUCUCGCUAGCAUAUGAUGGCCGUUGCCGCUGUAACGUGUCGUUCCAUUACUCCCACCUCUUGGUAGAUAUGCUCACACUCGUACAACAGACAAAGAUAGCUAGACCACCGUACUUGAUAUUGACGUUACACCCCAAUGCAUUGAGUGGCAUACCCCUCGCCAAGUCUAUCCUUUUACAUGUCUCUGUGUAGGCUUCUCAAAUAGUCAUAACAGGUGACGUAAUAGUGACAGAUGACACUUCAACCGAUAAUUUAAAAUGGUACCUUAUGACAAGUGAUACCUCGUUUGAAACUUUGAAAGGUAUUGAAAAUACCUAUUUAAUAAUACCUACUAAUAGACCAGGGUAAUAAGACAAAAAUAUACCCUGUUCGUGACACUUCAGCAGCCAGGUUACUGAAGCGUUUUUUCGACAAGUAAUACCUACAGGAACAAAUUGUAACUAUUUCCUGCGUAGGAUCUGACGGCCAUUUUUAUUUAUAAACAAUUAAUUGUCAAAAAAUGGCAUUUUUCCCUUUUUUUUCAAAUCAAUGAAAACAAUGAAACUUAUGAUUUUUUUGUACAAAUAUCUUUGAGAUUAUGGAAAAAGCUUUAAAAUGACAUAUUACAAAUUGUAGAAAAGAAAAAAAAAGACGUUCUCACAAACAAUUUAUUUUACAACUGACGACCGGUUUCGCUGUCUAC